AGUUGGUUUCUGCAUUUAACGAGCUGGUUAUGUGGUGUAUUUUUCGGCCAAUAGACAUAAAGUUCGCGCAAUAUGAUUUAUGUUAUAGAGAAUAUAUAGCAUAAUCGAGUUUUAUGUUAGAUAUAUAGGGUAAUACCCAGAAUUACAUGGUUCAGAAACAUCGCCAACUGAAAACACGAACCUGUUGUAAAUGUGUUGGUAACGGAAGCGUGUUGCAAGUUGUUGGCAGCCUGCAUCAAUUGUAUAUUGACAGUUGCUUGUGCCGAAACCAUCGCACAGCUUGUAAACAAAUAUUUUAUUGCAUAUAAUAACGGUCAUAGCGUGCAGAACAACCCAACAGUCAAAAGGCGUUAUCCAAUCCCACACAGUAGUAUCCUGUUAAGCAAAUACUUCGUCGUUCAAAAUUUGCUGUGUUAAUGUUACGCGAAAAAGCGAUAGCUUUCGUUUUUGAAGUCAUUUAUACACACUGAGCUGUAACAUUUUAAAAUACAAUGUUGUCUUACCUUUGUGAACAGUUAUAUAAUUCUACAAUGCAUGGUUCUGGCAUUUCGAUACAUAUUUCGAAAUUAAGACUGAUUAAAAUUUCGUCAGUAGUCUCCUUCAAUAAUAUUAACUUUCAUUUCCAUUAUGCUCCAUGACAUUAAAUCCUAUCAUUCAGUAUUUUUUCAGUUUUUGCAAUUAAAACAUCGAGUAUCAUCAAACACUAUUGUGACAGUAUAGUCAACUGAUUAGUGGCAAACCGUAAUAGGCGUAAUGUACACUUCGUUAUUAGUUAUUCACUGUCGCAAAUCACAGUUGAGAAAAAUGCACGCUUGUCUUCUCGAAAUUUCACAUUCAGUCAGGGCCUGCAGAAGUCCCCAAUGGCAUCUCCAGUGGAAACACAGCACGAAGAUCAGGAACAUCCUGGGUUCUCAAUUUCAUACAGGUUAAUUCAAGGAGAUAUCAUGACACCAGAUACAGAAAAAGAGCAAAACAAUAGUUCAAAGACAACCCAUUGUUUGAUUUGCAAUAGUCGUGUGGCAGUCUCCUCCAGGAACAGCUGCAAUAUUUUUCACAAGUACACAGUUACUUCCACAGAGAAACCAAUAUCGUAUACUAUUGGAACUGUUUUAGGGGUGGAGAUGAGUGAGGACACAGUGCACAGUCACGUCAUUUGUAAAAAGUGUUUCAAACUUUUUAAUGAAAUAGAUGAAAUAGAAGCAAGAUUGGAGGAAGUGAAACUUGAAAUAACAACAAAUUAUAACAAGACUUUGAAAAUUCAGAGUGAAGCAGAAAAGGAAAUUGUUCAGAUAGUUGAGGAAGAUGAGGAGAACCAUAAGUUGCCCCUGGGAUCAGAAGAUGGAAAUGUUGUGAAAGCAAAAGUUUUGCCUCGAGCUCGUAAAAAGGGACCACUUAAGAAAAUGAAAUCAAGUCACUUAAUAAACAGUGAAGAAGAAUAUGAACAGCAAAAGGAAAAUAGUGUGUGUCAGAUAGAAAUAUCAGAUCCUGAUAGUAAUUAUGCCACUGAGGUAAUAGAAAACAGUGAAAUCACAGAUAAUAAUGGCGAUGUUAUACAAAUCAAAAUAGAACAAUCUGAAGAGUCUAAUUCGAGGGAAGUACAUAGAAAACGUGGAGCGAAAAGGAAACAGAAGACUGUUAAUGAGCCACAAGAUUAUGAUGCACAGGACAAGGUAAUUGAGAGAGAUGGACAGAAUUACACUUGCUUGUUAUGUGACGAAGACCAGAGGGCUGUAGGGGACAUGAAGAGCAUAUCAUCACACACAAAAAAUGUACAUAACAUCCGUGUUUACAUUUGUGAUAUCUGUGGUCAGGACUUCCGCAAACGAAAUGAAUUAUCUGCUCACUUAGAUGAGCAUGCAGCCACUGAGGACGGAGACUAUCAGUGUGAAGUGUGUAAUCGUAUAUUCAGUAACCUUAGACUUUUCCGUGUACACAAACGUAUGCAUUAUCCACAGUCAAAGCUGUGGACAUGUGAGACUUGUGGCAAGCGGUAUAGCUCUCGAAAUUUGCUAGAAGAACAUAUCAAUACACAUACUGGAGUGCGACCUUAUGUGUGUGAGGUGUGUGGCAAAGAUUUUGCAUCAAAAUACACAUACAGGGCUCAUGCAAAGACGCAUGAAAUACGCCCUCGACCUUUCACAUGUAAUGAAUGUGGGAAGACAUUCCUGAGUGCACAGAACCUUGCGCAGCAUGAACGUACUCAUAAUGGUUCUCGUGAAUACAUCUGUGAGCAGUGUGGAAAGGCAUUUGGUACACCUCGAAAUCUGGAAGUCCAUUCAGUUGUUCACUCAGGGUGUAAGCCUUUUGUAUGUCGUACCUGUGGUAAAGCAUUUGCAAGAAAGGCUGAGAUACGUGAUCAUGAACGUACACACACAGGUGAGAAACCAUAUCAGUGUGAAUUCUGUGGUGCAACAUUCAGUCAGCGUAGCAACUUGCAAUCUCACAAACGUGCUACACACCUCCAAGACAAACGAUAUAAAUGUGCUGAUUGUGGUAAAGGUUUCAAACGACGCCGUCUUCUAGAUUACCAUGUAAAAGCUGCUCACACCGGUGAACGGCCAUAUAAGUGUCCCACGUGUGAUGCAACUUUUGUUUAUCCCGAGCAUUUCAAGAAACAUCGCCGUAUCCAUACUGGUGAGAAGCCUUUCCAUUGUGAAGUAUGUGGUAAAGCAUUCAACAGCCGUGACAAUCGCAAUGCUCAUAGGUUUGUGCAUAGUGACAAGAAACCUUAUGAAUGUUUGUGUUGUGGAAUGGGUUUCAUGCGCAAACCACUCUUAUACAAUCACAUGCAGAGCCAAGGUCAUUUAAAUGACACAAUUGUAGUGAACCAGCCAAGGCUUACUUCAGAUGAUGAUUUAACUAGAGAAGCAGUAGUUGCUACUGCUGGUGAACUGUCUGCUGGCGCAGAAGUAGAAAUGACUGUCGUUGAUGGCAGUCAUGUACCUGAGCAUGAAACCAAGGUGUACAUUGCAGAACUGAAGGAUCAUGUGAUUAUCCAACAAGACAGCGAUGAUCGCUGCUAUGCAGAAAAGACAGUAGUAGUGGAGGAUGCCGACACGAAGAGCCAGACUGUCCAGGAAGCAGUGGAGCAUCUUAUAAUUGAUGGACAAGUUCACUUUGCGGACCCUUCGGAACUAGCUGAUAUUCACACUGAUGUUGGUUCGGUAACGGAGAUCACAACAUCGUCUGGUGAUACGAGCAGACACACACUUGUGGUGCCCGCUACUCCAAACUUAGGGGCAGCUGCAGCUGCAUAUGAGCAGGAUGCUGUUGCUACCCUCAGUGGAUCUGUACCUGCUAUUCAGACUAGCUCUGGCCCUGUGCAUCUUGUUCAAAUUAGGAUACCCUCAUCAGAGCACCUAGGAGCUGGUCGGACGUGGUUUAAUGUGGUGAAUGCCAGCCAGUGAACUUUAAGUAUGAAUUGUAAUUGAAUUUGAUUGCUCUGGUGUGAUUACACUAUGGAACUGUGCUAUGCUGGCAGUCAUGCCAGUAUUCCUUGUUUGUUGACACAUUUGUAAAUUUUCGCGUGUAUAGUAUGGGUGCAUGUUAAAUGAUGUAUGGUCUAAUGUAUCCUUGUACGCUAUUGUGGUCUGAAAGUAAAAUGAAAGUCACAUAUGAAAAUACGUGUGUGUGUGUGUGUGUGUGUGUGUGUGUGUGUGUGUGUGUGUGUUUAGAUAUGCGCUUGAUUGUAAUUUCUCUUUGUAAUUAAUGGUGUGGUUGAGUUUGUGAUGUGUGUAUAUUUCGUUGUAAUAAUAUUAAUUGUUUGUGUACUCUGUUAAUAUUACCCAAGAAUCAUGUCUUCAAAAGCACAGUGAGCUGAAAGCAAGUGUUUCCCUUAGAGGCCAUUGAAUUUCGUCGAUGUUUUUUUAUCUAUGAAUUACUGUUGCAGAAUUGUAUAAUGUACAUAAUGUGCACCAUGCAAGCUGUUAUCUUGCGUAAGGGCGUGAUUGACCAACAAAUUUUGUGAUAAAUUAUGUUUUGUGAUAUUGUGUUGUCAGAUAACCCAAGUGAGGGAAGAAAUAUCUACUUUUUUAUUUUCUGUUCUUUUCUAGUGAUGGCCUGAUGAAUGACAUUGUAAAAGUUAUUUUUCUGUGUAGCUCACACUAGACUGUCAUAACAGAUGAUUGCAAAACAGAAGAAAAGAACAGAUGAACCAUGCAAUAUGAACAUUUUGCCUAUAUGCUCCACUGUUUUACCUUAACAGUGAUUAAGGACAUAAAAGCAAAAUUAAAAUUUUA